CCACCGCCGCCGUGCACCGCCCCUCCAUCGUCAAACUCGCCGCAAUUUACAUCAGUCUAGGCCUCCUUACCACCGGAAACAAUCUAAUGUACGCUUAUGGCCUCCUCUACCUCCCUGUCUCCACCUACUCCCUCGUCUGCGCCACACAACUUGCCUUCAAUGCCGUCUUCUCCUAUUUCCUCAACUCCCAAAAGUUCACUCCUUUCAUCUUCAACUCCAUCAUUCUCCUCACCACCGCCGCCGCUCUCCUCGGCGUUCACUCUGAAGGCGGCUCGGUUUCCGGCCAUAAGUAUUCAAUUGGACUAGCUCUAACACUGGCGGCAUCUGCUGGUUUCUCCCUUGUUCUCUCCCUCACCCAGUUGGCUUACCAGAAGGUUAUAAAGUCCGAGACCUUCACCGUUGUCCUGGAAAUGAUUUUGUGGACCGGAUUAGUCUCUACAGCUUCGUCGGUGGCCGGACUUUUCGCAAGCGGGGAGUGGAGGGGGAUUCGUGAGGAGUUUGCAGGGUCGGAGAAGGGAAAGGUUACGUAUGUGAUGACAUUGAUUUGGAUUGCGAUUUGCUGGUUGGUGUACUCUGUGGGGAAUGUGGGUUUGAUCUUUCAGGUUUCUUCUCUAUUUGCGAAUGUGAUUGGAACCCUGGCUACUCCUCUGGUACCAAUCCUUGCGGUGGUUUUCUUCCAUGAUAGGAUGGAUGGAGUAAAGGUCGUGGCUUUAUUGAUUUCAAUUUUAGGAUUUGUUAAUUAUGUUUAUCAACAUUAUCUUGAUGAUGCAGAGGAGAAGAAGGCUACGAGAAUUGAACAUCCUUAACAAUCUAUGAAAACCAUAUUUUUUUUCUUAAUUUUGUGUAUUUGUUAGUUUAGUUGACUCAAAUUAUUAAUAUUAGCUUUAUUUUGUUUUUCUUUUUUUUUUGGUUAUAUGCCAAAGAUUUCUUAUUUUUUAGCUGAUGUAUUGGCCACCAUAUCAUGAUGCAUGACAACGAGAAUCCAUUGAUGAAUA